AGGUGGACUCUCUCACACACACACACACACAUACACAUAGCUCUCAUAGUCACAGGCAAACAUUUGGACACACUGAUCGGACAGUCUCAGCUGUCAGAGGUGUGGCCACUGUAAUAGCAACAGCUACCGGCCCGUUAACUGCAAAAGGUUGAACUUUUCGGGCGUCAUCAUGAACGUUAUUAAAAUAGAGACGCUGUUAAAAGUCCAGCAAUUACAGGAUCAGUUUGAUAACUUGGAAAAGCACACCCAGUGGGGAAUCGACUUUGUAGAAAAAUACACCAAAUUUGUGAAGGAGAGAUCAGAGAUCGAGCUUAACUAUGCAAGACAGAUCAGGAAUCUGUCAAAGAAAUACCAGCCUAAGAAAAAAGAGGACGAGAAUAAGUACACGUGGUGUCGUGCAUUUCAUUUUACGCUAAACGAGCUGAAUGAUUACGCCGGGCAGCAUGAGCUCGUCGCAGAGAACAUGAUAUCACAGAUCAUCGCUGAGCUCACACGAUACACACAGGAACUCAAAACAGAGAGGAAAACGCAUUUCCAUGAUGGACGAAAGGCGCAGCAACAAAUCGAAGCCAGUUGGAAACAGUUGGAAUUGUGUAAGAGGAAGUUUGAGAGGGAUUGUAAGGAGGCAGACAGAGCGCAGCAGUAUUUUGAAAAGAUGGACGCAGACAUCAACGUUACAAAAGCAGAUGUGGAGAAGGCGCGACAGCAGGCUCAGAUGAGACACCAGAUGGCUUCUGACAGCAAGAGUGAAUAUUCUUCAUACCUGCAGAAAUUCAACCAAGAACAGAAUGAUCAUUAUUACACCAUCAUCCCCAAUAUUUUCCAGAAGAUCCAGGUGAUGGAGGAGAAGAGGAUAGAUCGAAUGGGUGAUUCACUGAAAACGUUUGCAGACGUGGACCGACAGAUUCUGCCCAUCAUCGGGAAAUGCCUGGAUGGAAUGACACAAGCAGCGGAUUCCAUCGAAUCCAAGACCGAUUCCUCUCAGGUGAUAGAGUCUUAUAAAUCUGGCUUCGAGCCUCCAGGCGAUGUGGAGUUUGAAGACUAUGGUCAGGCGAUGAAGAGGACAGUGUCCGAGACCAGCCUUACUAGCUCACGCCCAGACAACAAGAGCGACCGACCGAGCAAGGGCAAGAGCAAAACUCUCUGGCCUUUUAUUAAGAAAAACAAGCUUAUGUCCCUGUUAACAUCCCCCGUACCUCGCCAGCCCCCCCCUGACCCCCCCUCACCUUCUGCUGUGUCCCCUGACCCCUGCCCCACUUCUCAGACCCCCAAACAGUCCAAGGAGCCCCUGUCCCACCGAUUCAACGACCUCAUGACCUCCAAGCCCAAAAUGCACUGCCUCAGGAGCCUCCGGCGCGGGCUCUCUCUCAAGCUGCUCUCACUCAAUGCCCACGUGCGGAACCUUAUCGAGGGUUCAAAUCCUGAAGACUUCAGUCAUCUUCCUCCAGAACAGAGAAGGAAGAAGCUUCAGGCGAAGAUAGAUGACAUCAGUAAAGACAUACAGAAAGAGAUGGACCAGCGAGACGCUUUAACUAAAAUGAAGGAAGUGUAUGUGAAGAACCCACAGAUGGGGGAUCCCACCAGCGUGGACCCUCGGCUAGCAGAGAUCGCCCAGAACAUUGAUAAACUGCAGGUGGAGGCACAGAAAUUUGAGGGCUGGUUAGCGGAGGUGGAGGGACGGAUGCCAGUAAAAAGUGACCCGCCGCGGAGGACGAGCGUCCUAUACGAGACCCAAAACAGCACGCCACCCACCAACAACAACUGCACACAGGAUAGAGAGAGCAGUCCGGAAGGCAGCUAUACAGAUGAGCAGAGUUCUGAGGUCCAGAACAAAGUCCAAACAGAAACGCCAGAGUUUGACGAAUUUGAUGAUGCCGAUGAAGAAAUUCUACCAACCAUCGGCACCUGCAAAGCCAUCUACCCAUUUGAAGGUCAUAAUGAAGGCACCAUUGCAGUGACGGAGGGUGAGCUCUUGUAUGUAAUAGAAGAGGACAAAGGUGAUGGCUGGACGCGUGUUCGGAGAAAUGAGGAAGAGGAGGGUUACGUCCCCACAUCCUACGUCGAAGUCUUUCUAGACUCAAACGCCAAAGAUUCGUAAAGUAUGGAAGGAGGACUCAAUGGUGCAGGGCAAACAGCAGCCACAUGUGGGGAAAACUACCGCCAACACUCCAUGACUUGCCCUAGAGUGAGACAGAUGAGAGACAGACAUAUAAAGAGAGCAAACAAAAGAGAGGAACAGUGAAAGAAGAGAGAGAGAAAGAGGUUAUAUGGACCUCUCUGCCUUUAUAAUUCUACUGCUGUAGAGAGAAAUUUUAACAGCAAAAAUCAGAGAAAUUAGAAAUAUUAUUAUGACAUUAGAUUUAUUACCUGUCUGUUAUUUUAUAAUGAGGAUAAAAUUAUUGCAUAUAUCAGUUUUAAUUUUUUUUUGCUUUCCGGCUCUCCAUUGCUGCUGAGCUUGCAGAGUUUAAGGCAAAAACGUCAGGCCUGUGUGAAUGAGUGUAUGUGUGCGUUUGUGUCUUGUUUGCGAUUCCCUGCCCUAUCCCAAACUAAAAUACCUUUAAAAUCCAAGGGAUGUGGUCUGUAAAAGGAGCUGAAUUUAAGGAUACUAGGAAAUUUGAUAUAGAGAAUUUUAUUUCAUAUCUCAUAAACGCCUGUGCUGCGUUCCAUCCAAGUUGAAUAUUCCGACUUGAUAUCUCCGACUUUAAGAGCAUAAAAUGUUUUGUUGUCCGAUGCUUUGAAGAUGACUUACAGAUAAACAAAAUGGCUAUGUUAGCAUUUGUUUCACAGGUGUACGAUUAUCAGCAGAGAGGAUAAUUUACCGUGUUUUACAUAACUGUUUCUACAAACAUUUGCAAAACGUUUGUUUAUCAUAUUACUUCGAAACUUUGUUUCAUUGGUGAAUUUUUUCGUUUAAAAGUGAUUGUUUUAAUCGUUAACUCAUUAACCAUUAAAUGUUUAACUCGCUUUGUGUGCUGGCAUGUACAAAUGAUGUCAUAUACCCGUAUCUCUGCGGAGUUGGAAUUUUUUUUCCAAGUCGGAAGUCCAGUUGGAUCUCAAGUGCCGUUCGGUUGCAUGUUUCGAAGUCGCAAGUUGGAAAUUCCGACUUAAGCCACAGUCACACUAGGCUUUGAGCAUGCAAAAUUACUACGGACACUGAAACUGAUAGGAUUUGAUAUCGUGCUCGAUGGCUUCUGGUUUUGAUAAAUAAUAAACCACAAAUAGCAACUAAUAUCAUAUUCGCAAUGUUAAAAUAAAAACAUGCAACUUUAAAUAUGUAUAUAUAUUGCAUUGAGUCAAGAAGUCAAUCUUUGGCGUUUCGAUCUUCUGUUGGUCACACGUCUUCUCGUCAUCCGAAUUCUUCGCAUUAGCUUGUAUUUCUGGUUUCCCACAUUCAGAUCCGUUUAAAUGGAAGUGAAAGGAGCGUGAAGUGUUGUGUGAACGCGGCUUUGGCGAGUUGAUUGAUGUCACUUGUUUUGGAAUUCUGUACAAAUUGGCUUCUCUAUCAGGCCACACCCCUUUAGACUCUUUAACUCCACCUCCCGGAGAUAACAACUGCUGGCCGUUGGUUGCUCAUAUUGCUUUGUCACAAAUCAGGGGCGGGUCUUCACUGGUUAAUAGCAUGUUUUCUGCCCUGACACCUGCUCUGUCUCUGCCCUUCCAGUUACUAAAACCUUUGUCUGUGGACUGUCUGUUUACCAUCUUUUCUAACUCAUUUUUUCAUACACGUUUUUUUUUUUGUGCCAUUGUCCCCUCAUAUGAUUUACAUUUUCGUUCAUCCAUACACUUCCUGCUUUUUCUUAACCUUCCAAUAGUUGCUCAGCACGCUCAAGCAAGCACUGUUUUUAUUGGUUUAGGCAGGGGAGGGGCUAUUUCUGUUAACACGUGAUAUACGGUAUACACACAUGAAUAUGAAAAUGUCCUGUUAAUAUGAGUAUGUAUUUAUUGUGGCAGUUGUUUUGUUCGUGUCUCUAUGGUUUUACUCUGUGGAGUUCUCAGCCAAGAAUCCCGCAGCCUCAUUGGUUCAGCCGGGUUCGAUUUCCUUGGGAACAAGGUUCCAUAUGAAGUGUUGGGGGUUCCAUAUGUUACUCUGAGCCAAAUGUACAGGUUAACCAGACGUUUAACAUGCAUCAUGUGAGCUGUUAACCUGAACUAGACUCCAUGCUUUAUGUUUUUCAUUAAACUGAUUACUUUUU